AUGAGUCCUCGAAAGCGUGCCCGACCCAACCCCUGCUCCGAGGAGAGCACAACAAGCUUGCCUGCAACGCUAUCAUCACAGGCCGGCAGCGUGUCGUCACAGGUCUCCAACGCAUCACCAGCUUUACCCGCAGCGCCUGUAGGCCGGGAGAUGCGGCCACCAACGCGAACCGACUUGGACGCUUCCAAUACUACACCUGCUGCAAGGGCGAGUAAUGGAAAUCAAGUACGGAAAUCACGGAGUUGGUAUGGCUCUUUGGCCCAGAAAUCUUCGGCCUCGACUCAAGUAGCUCGCGAGCACAUCAUGGGAGGCACAUUGCGGUCGCGAGUCGCCCCAGACUUCAGCCGUUACGACACCAGCAAAGGCGAGGGUUCCGCAGAGUCGGACACACAGUCCAUCAAGACGCUACCUAAGAUCUCGGAAAGCGAAGCACAACAUAGACCACACGAUGGCAAACCAGACGGUGCCAAACCAGACGAUGGCGCGAGUUCUACGAAGAACCCAGAAGAGUCGGCGCAAGCAGACAGAACUCGCGGCGACCUGGCCCUGAAAGAUCAGACCAAAGAUGUCACUACCCCAAGUAACGGAGAAACAGACAUAUCGCCAGAGGAGGCACAAAGGCCCACUUCCUCAGGCUGGUUAUCGUGGUUUGGGAGACCACCACUGCCGGAAACGUCUCCGGCGACAGGCGACAAAUCGGACAUCGACCCCCCUAAAGAAUCACAGCCUAUUCAACCAGAGCCACAACAGGACCCCCCGGCUGAGACUCAAGUGCCACCGGAAACACCGAAACCUGCACAAACGCCAACUUCAUGGUUCGGACUUUGGUCUACAUCGGCAUCAGCUACAGCCCCUGAAGACACGGCACCAGCAGCUACGGCUGGCCCAGACAGCCUGUCCGCUGUAGCUAAAGAGACCCAGGAUGUAGUUAUGGAAGGCGCCGCUACUCCCGCCCCUCCUGCGGCGGCAUCAACUCAACCAUCCGCUGGUUCGACUUGGGCGUUCUGGUCAAGAGACACAGGCUCGAAUGAGACAGUCAAGAGCGGCGAGGCGCCAGAGCAGGGGGAAUUGGCUGUUAUUGGUGAUGGCUCAGAAGCCAGCCCAAGAAGAUCAUCUGGCGUUCAAGCCCACGAAGCUGCACCGUCCUUGAAGGGUUCACCCGUCAAGGCUGCGAAGGAGUCGUUAACGAAAGCGAGUUCUUCACUCAGGCACAAGAGAGUCCGACCACGAUCAAUGGACAUCGAUGAGCCGUCAUCCGCAAGACCGAAUUCUCCGCAGUCGGAUUCUUCGAUCAAGACAGCACCGGCUAAACCGACUACACCUGUAUCAAUCAAAGGACCUUCACAAAAUCUACUCCUGCCAUCCUUUCACAGCACAUACCGCUUGAAGGAGAAUCCAUCAAUCAUAAAGCAAAUCACCCAGCUACUCCUUCGUACCCAACAGCCAUCUGCCAACCAUGUUAAUCUUUCCAAAGAACCGCCUAGGAUCAAGAAGGCCAUUGCCAUUGGUGUACAUGGCCUCUUCCCUGCUAGCUAUCUACGAGCGAUGAUAGGGCAACCAACUGGAACCUCCAUUCGUUUCGCUAAUCAUGCAGCCGAAGCCAUUCGGAAGUGGGCUGAGAAGCAUGGUAGCAGUGACUGUGAGAUCGAAAAGGUGGCUCUUGAAGGUGAAGGAAAGAUAGCAGACCGGGUCGACAAUCUCUGGAAGCUUUUGCUAAACUGGAUUGAGCAUAUCCGGAGUGCCGAUCUGAUCGUUCUCGCGUGUCACUCUCAAGGGGUUCCGGUUGGCUUCAUGUUGUUGGCUAAGCUGAUCGAUUUAGGAAUCAUCACCAACGCGCGAAUUGGCGUCUGCGCCAUGGCUGGAGUUUCGCUCGGGCCCUUCCCCGACUACAAGUCUAGCGUGGGCAUGAUCAUGGGAACUGCUGCUGAAUUGUGGCAAUUCGCCGAUCCGGAGAGCGAGAUAACCAAGAGAUAUGAACAUGCCUUGCAGGUUGUCGUCAACUACGGCGCCCGUGUCACGUACAUCGGCAGUAUUGACGAUCAGCUGGUCCCGAUGGAGUCGGCGAUAUAUUCGCCCGCAUCCCACCCCUACAUUUACCGCGCUGUCUUCAUCGAUGGACGUAUACAUGCUCCAGACUUCAUCGCUCAUCUCGUUGGGUUCGCCCUGAAACUCCGAAACCUCGGCAUCUCCGACCAUGGACUGAUUCGGGAGCUCUCAAUACCGCUUGCGGGCAGUCUCUACGGUGGCGAGGGACAUUCCAGACUUUAUGAUGAUGAGCAGGUUUACGAGUGGGUGCCAUCACAAAAAGCCCCCUUUCUCGUGGGCAACGUGGCUAACUAUUCCAAGCCUGGCGAUCUCACACGCUCUGGAGACGACCAAGGAUUGCUGGAAGAGGACUUUGUUAAAACGGAGCUGCAUUCGGAAACGACAGAGCUGCUGAAGCAGUUUGAUGACUGGACACCUAACACGAAGGCAUUGAAGGAUGUCAAGUAUAGACUAGAGGCUGUCAGGUCGAAACUCUAG